CAAAGCUUAAUACAUCAUCAAACAUAGUUCAAACUGUAACAAUCUUAACAUAAACCAUCUCAACCCAACAACAAGAAAAACAACAACAUGAGCAGUGUUGAAAUUCCAACAAAGGUUCUUACCAACACAUCUGGUCAGAUUAAGAUGCCUGUUGUUGGAAUGGGAUCAGCACCUGACUUCACAUGCAAGAAAGACACAAAAGAAGCAAUCAUUGAAGCCAUCAAACAAGGUUACAGACACUUUGAUACUGCUGCUGCUUAUGGCUCUGAACAAGCUCUUGGUGAGGCUUUGAGUGAAGCUAUUCAACUUGGUCUUGUUACUAGAGAAGAGCUUUUUGUUACUUCCAAACUUUGGGUUACUGAAAAUCAUCCUCAUCUUGUUAUUCCUGCUCUACAAAAAUCUCUCAAGACGCUUCAAUUGGAUUACUUGGAUUUGUAUUUGAUUCAUUGGCCACUUAGUUCUCAGCCUGGAAAGUUUUCAUUUCCAAUUGAUGUGGCAGAUUUAUUGCCAUUUGAUGUGAAAGGUGUGUGGGAAUCCUUGGAAGAAGCUUUGAAACUUGGACUCACUAAAGCUAUUGGUGUUAGUAACUUCUCUGUCAAGAAACUUCAAAAGCUACUAUCUGUUGCCACUGUUCUUCCUGCAGUUAAUCAAGUGGAGAUGAACCUUGCAUGGCAACAAAAGAAGCUGAGAGAGUUUUGCAAUGAAAAUGGAAUAGUGUUGACUGCAUUUUCACCAUUGAGGAAAGGUGCAAGCAGAGGAGCAAAUGAGGUUAUGGAGAAUGAUUUGCUUAAACAGAUUGCAGAUGCUCAUGGAAAGUCUGUUGCACAAAUUUCUCUGAGAUGGCUAUAUGAACAAGGAAUCACUUUUGUUCCAAAGAGCUAUGAUAAGGAGAGAAUGAGCCAAAAUUUGAGUAUCUUUGAUUGGUCAUUGACAAAGGAGGAUCAUGAGAAAAUUGAUCAAAUUAAGCAGAAUCGUUUGAUCCCUGGACCAACCAAGCCGAGCCUCAAUGAUCUCUGGGAUGAUGAAAUAUAGAAGAAAAGAUGUUAAUUUUAUUUUUUUGUCAAACAGCCUAUUUGAAUAAGUGGGAUGUCAUAGGCUCAAACUCACGCCUUUGAUGUACCUGCACAGCUGUCAACUAAGCUGGUUUAACGGGACAAAAAGAUAUUAAAAUUAUUUCAAUUUGUCUGAGAAUCAAUCUUUAAUAUUUAAAUAUUUUAUACUGGUUGUUUCUUUUGAGCUCUGAAUUACCAGUGUUUUUGUAUUGGGUUUCAAUAAUCAAUUUUAAAUUUCAUUUUCUCCAAAAAAAAAAUUACAUUAGUAUU